CUGAACGAGACGUUUCGCUGCGUUCCUGGGUGUCCUCCAGUCUGGGGCUUGAACUUUGAUGUCGGUCAAGGAUAUCGCCUCAUUCAGUACGAAACAGCGCCUCUUCUCUGAAAAUAACAAAACGUAAUGAUGGCGAAGCCAGUGCUGUAUACCUACUUUCGGAGUUCCUGUUCCUGGAGAGUAAGAAUUGCUCUAGCAUGGAAAGGAAUUGAGUAUGAAUCCCAAUAUGUGAAUUUGGUGAAAGAUGGAGGACAACAGAGAAAGGAGGAUUAUUCCACCAUAAAUCCAAUGAAACAAGUACCAGCAUUAGUGAUGAAUGGCAGUACAAUGACACAGUCUGUAGCAAUGUUGGAAUACCUAGAAGAGGUCCAUCCAGAAAAGCCUCUUUUACCCAAAGAUCCACUGGAAAGAGUCAAAGUGCGAGAGAUCGUCUCUGUGAUCUCCGGAGGAAUUCAGCCUCUUCAGAAUCUCAGUGUGCUUCAGAAAAUUGGAGAUGAGGGUAAAAUGGAGUGGGGCAAGUUCUGGAUAGAUAAGGGAUUCCACGGUAAGUUUAUUUGAUCAUAAACUUUCAAA